AUGGCAACGACCGGAGAUAUGUGUGACGUGACAUACGAACAGCUCGCGGCUAUGGAGCAGGAGUUUUCUGAGGUUGAGACAGAACUUAUUCGGCAACAAGUCACGCUGUGUGCACCGCUCUACGAGCGACGGGCCGCACUCGUCGGGCAAAUCCCCAAUUUCUGGCCGCUUGUCUUUGAGCAGGCUCCAAUCGAGAUCGACACCCACCUGAAUCCUGUCGAUAGUCGCCUACUGCUCAGCGCACUGCGCAACUUCUCAGUGCAUCACUUCGAGCCAGAAAUCGAUCCGCGCAGUGUGCGCUUCCGCUUCGAGUUUGACUCCAACGAAUAUUUCUCCGACCAGGUGCUUGAGAAGACAUUUUGGUGGCGCACGCGCCGUGAUGCCUCGUGGACGGGGCUUGUCAGUGAUGCUAUCGCCAUCCAUUGGAAGGAUCCAGAAAAAGACCUAACUCGUGGUUUUCUCGAUCUUGCAUGUGCUGCCGGCUUCUCUGUGGCUCCGGGCUCGGCGCCGCCACCUACUGGUCGCACACCGGAGCAGACAGCGCUACAGGCCGCAAUAGAUGAUCGAGGUAUCGGAGGCCUCUCCUUUUUUGCUUGGUUCGGUUAUCAGGGCCCACGCAUCAGUGAUACCGAGACAGCCGAGGUCAUGGAGUCAGUCAAGGCAUGCCGCCAGACAGGAAAGAAGACAGAACCAGAUGAGACUGGGGAUGAUUCUGGCGUCAAAGCCGACAGAGCUGCCCUCGAACAGCUCGAGAUCUUUCCCAACGGAGAUGAGCUUGCUGUCGCUCUCGCCGAAGACCUCUGGCCUGGAGCCGUCAAAUACUUUCUUCAAGCUCAAGAAGAAGAAGAUGUUUCCGACGCAGACUUCGUCUCCGAUAAUCCCAGCGACGACGAGGUCCCCGAGUUGUGCGAAGAUGCGCGGCGCGUCGAGACCGAAGAAGGACAAGAUAACGUACAAAAUGUAAAUAUAGAGAAUUCUGGCGAAGCUGAAGUUGAAGAUCUAGAGGAUCAACGGCCUACCAAGAAGCGAAGGGCCAAGUAA